AUGGCUCUUUCUUCACUUCUCAUUCUCCUUUUCUUUGUUUUCUUCAUAUUAUUUGUCGAUGGCCAAUACCUCGAUGAUCAAAAAAAGUUGUUACUUGAGCUGAAGAGCGAAUUCAAGUUCAAUUCUUCCAAUCCAAAUAGUUUUGUGAAUUGGAAUGAGACAAGUGAUUGUUGCGAAUGGAACAACGUGGGAUGUAAUGACUCGGGGCAUGUUAUCAGUUUGGACCUCACCAGCGGGAGCAUCUCUGGCAUAAUUGGUGAGUCGUCAGCCCUUUUCCAGUUGACAUACUUACUGAGCCUUUACCUCCCACGCAAUGAUUUCACCGGUGAGAUUCCUAACCAAUUCCAUCGCCUCCCAAAUUUGAAACACCUUGAUCUGUCAAGCUCUGGUUUCGUGGGACCAUUUCCAUCCACGUUGGCCAACCUAACUGAGCUAGUUUACCUAGAUCUAUCGGCUAACUUCCUUACUGGUUCAAUUCCUUCCUUUCAUAACUGCAAGAAUCUUAAAUGGAUAGGCCUUGCACUAACUAAUCUAUCAGGCUCUCUUUCUCACUUGCAUUUUCAAGGUCUUACAAACCUCUCCGUUUUAGAUUUAAGCUACAAUUCAUUGAAUGGCACCAUUCCUCGCCAUCUUUUUGUCCUGCCUUCAAUGGAAGCUCUUUUUCUAUCCAACAACCAAUUCAAUGGUCCAAUUAAAGAAAUUUCCAUUGUUGAUCACUCUACCUUAAAUGGAUAG